UCCAACACCUUUGGGUCGGCUAAUUAGUAUAUGUGGGAAAGGCCCUACAUAAACCCCCACCUCAAUGCCUGGGGUGCCAUUUUCCGGCAGAAGAGGCUGACCCGGAUCCUUUCGGUUUCCCCCUCUUCCCCCAACCUCUAUCCAACUUUCCACGCCCAUCUCUCCUCCGAGGCCGAGAGCAUGUGCUAAAUAAAUGCAGCUUGACUGAUUCAUGCCUCACACUUAUGUUUCUCCCCCUCCUCCCACCUCCCCAUACCUAGAAUGACUCACUGAGCAUGAACCAAGGUGCCUAUAGGCGCUACCAAAACAGGCUACCUCCGGAUGUCUGCGGCCCAGCUGCUCAAGGGUUUGGCCACUAGAGAUCAUAAGCUCUUAGAUUUAGAGCACCAAAUCCGCAGGAGAGGAAGACAGAGAUAGGCAGGGGGCGGGGAGGAAGAACGGUCUUUCAGCCUUCACUUUUCAUCCUCUCUUCGGCUUCCUAGGUCCCUGUAGUUGGAGAAGACCCGGAAAGUGGGGGAGGGGAGGCCCUCAAAGACAGCAGCAGCCUGCCCUUUCCUCUUCUCCCACCCCACCUCAAGGGUCUGCACUAGUGCUUAGACGUCUCCUGCAAAACCUAGGCCGAAGUGCAGUUCGAGGGCCCUCACGAAUCUGAAUAUAUUUUAUCCGUCCCGAACUGAACCGCCGGAGCCCGCCUGGCACUGCCCGCGGGCAAUCCUAGGGGUGGGGGCUUACUAAGACACUUCCCACGGGACAUCGACAUCCUGCUUACAACGCCCCCUUCAUGGCAGGUUACUUGCCCCCCAAAGGCUAUGCCCCAUCACCCCCCUACCCAGUGACCCAGCCUGCUUCAUAUUCCAAUCCUGCACCUGCCCCAGGCCACAUUGUCAACCUCUUCCCUUCCCCUGGUCCUGUGGCCCCCCUGGAACCAGAGCCAGUUACUGUUCCCUUCCUGCAGUUGCCUGGAGUCCCUUCUGGCCUGGAAUUCCUUGUACAGAUUGAUCAGAUCCUGAUUCACCAGAAGAUUGAGCGGGUAAAAGCAUGGGAGAUCUGUAACCGGUUUGAGCUACGUUCUGGAGUAGGGCAACCACUAGGCCAGGCAGUUGAAGAAAGCAGCUGCUGUGCCCGUCUCUGCUGUGGGACUCGCCGGCCCAUGCGUAUUCGUGUGGCUGAUCCUAUGAACCGAGAGGUCCUGCACUUUGUCCGCUCUCUACAUUGUGGGACCUGCUGCUGUCCCUGUUGCCUUCAGGAGCUGGAAGUACAGGCUCCGCCUGGUACAACUAUUGGGCAUAUACUACAGACCUGGCAUCCCUUCCUCCCCAAGUUCUCCAUCCAAGAUGCAGAUCGUCAGACACUGCUUCGAGUUGUGGGUCCAUGCUGUACCUGUAGUUGUGGCAGUGACACCAACUUUGAGGUGAAGACUAAAGACGAAUCACGGAGUGUGGGUCGGAUCAGUAAACAGUGGGGAGGCAUUGUGCCAGAGGCCCUCACUGAUGCAGACCAGUUUGGCCUCCAGUUCCCCUUGGACCUUGAUGUGAGAUUGAAGGCUGUGCUACUGGGGGCAGCUUUUCUUAUUGAUUACAUGUUUUUUGAGAAGCCACGAGAUGCUAAUUCUGGGCCUUCGGUCAUCACCAGUUAGAGGCUGCUCGUUUAAUCAAAGAUAGGUAUCCUAGUCACAGAAUUCCAAGAUGUCUACCACCACCACCCUGACCUGGUCUGGCCCCAGGAUGGAAGAUGACCACUACCACUCUCCAGGAUGAUGGUGCUUUGAGGAGAGAGAUCUAGGAGUGGGGCUUAGGUAACCCAAAGAAACUUUGAAAGCUUUCAUAAUGAAGACUGAGGCUCUAUUCCCUGCAAGGAGUGGGGAAGUACAAAUGCUGCAUGUGCUGAAUGCUAAGGGUCUUUGUUUUAGGCCCCUUUCCUUUAACUGAUCCCCUAAAGGUUGCCAUCACUACUCAUUUGUAUUUUGCUCCAUAGUACCAUUCCAUUUUACACCUCUUUCCUUGGUACCCCUCUCUAUUCUUCCCCCAACAUUAACCAUCUUCCCCUUCCCCUUAUUUACAUUUUUCUACCUCCUUUGUUCCUAAUAUAACCCCAUCUUCCCUCCUAGUAUCAUAAUAUCAAAAGAGAACCUAGAUGUAGGUGCUACGGAAUGUAAUUAUUAGAGUAGUCCCCCACCCCUCACCCCCAAAAAAGGGAAAAAAACACAACCUGCUAGAAUCAUAAAUCUUUGGGACUUUUCCUUUUACAAAUGAAGAAGCUAAGGUCAAGUUAAAGUAAAUUGACCAAAAUCACACAGUGAAUUGGGGGUGGGAAUAGGAAGGGUAAAAAACUCUUGAUCUCAAGUCUUCUGAUUCUUAGACCAGUGAUUUCCUCCCCUCAUUUUACAAUGUACCUUUUAUUCCCUGAACAACAUAAAUCCAGGCCCCCUGGAACUGUUCUUGGACCCAUGGUACUUUAAGAGGAGAUGAGUUAACCCUCCUUAUACAUGCUUUUUUGGGCUGGGGUCCUAGUACCUAACUAUCAGAUCCCCAAACAUCAUUUCUCCUGCCCUUUUUCCAAGCUGGUGCUUAUUGCAGCUUUUCUUAUGCCUUAUUUAACAUUUUUUCUCCUCUCUGUCUGAGCACUAGGGAGGAUAAUGUGUCUUUGUAUGGUGUGUGCAUACAUUUAUUAUAUAUAUGCAUAUAUUAAAAAAUUUCUAACUUUUUGGA